UCUCUUUGCCAAAAUCCAUCCCCCGAUCCCCGCACACCGGCGGUGUAUUCGUUUGAACGGUACUCCUCUGAAACGCUAGCGGCUCCCACACAGAGACAAGACCUAGUUUGAGUUCAACCAGCUGUCCACGUUUUGGAUUUACACACCCGAUGAGACCCAAUGCGUCUUCAGCAAAUGAACAGCAGUGUCUCGGACUGUGGUAGCUGGUGAGCAUGUCUGGCAACGAGAAGUCUUGAAGAUCAACCAGAAUAAAUCCAUAUGGCUUUCUGCGAUCCUGCCUGCGUUAUUCUCCUGAAAAGAACAUGAAGGAGGUGGAUAUUAUAAAUAAGGAAGAAUUAGAUAAAGAAAGAUUUCAAGUCCACUACGGAGUACAGAGCCCCGCCAAGACAAAGCGAUUGUCAUCUUGCAAGAGGAAGGGUGGUCCAUUGGUGGAGGUGGGCUUAAAGCUGCACCGCAGAACAUCCGAUGUAGGCCGUGUCCCUAAACCUGGCAUGGCCAACAAAGAAAAUGAGCUGACGUGCACCGAUGAUGUACGUCGCACGCACUACAAUGACAACCGCGGGCUCCCUGUGAACUCUGCAGAGGCCUCCAAGAUGGCAGGGGCCGGCUCCAAGUACAAAGACUUCACCGAGCUCUCAAAGGACCACGAAGCCAUGACUCGCGUCCUGUUCGGGAGGAACCUGCGACUAAAAGUGGCCCAAACAUUGUGGCGAAAAAAUGCCAGUGAAUUAGUGGCCUACCUAAUAAGAAUUGAAGACACAGGGGUGCUGCUUGACUGCUUACCCGUCUUAACAAAUAACCUGCAAACCGAAGCACCAUGUUUGUCACUUGGCUGCUGCGUUGACCUCGUGCCCCUUGUGAAAGCAAUUCUCGCCAGUCAAUAUGAAGAGAACAUUAUGGUUGGUUUACACUGGGUUCAAUCCGUCAUUAGGAAAUGGUGGCCAGAACUUUCUAAGAAUGAGAAAAGACUGCGGGACAGUUGUUCAGAAGACAGGAAUCUUGAAGUCAUGAAGCUGAGGCUGAAGGACUUGUGGAAGGAAGGGGCCCGGUUAUGUGGGGUUCCAGGAUCUACGGGAGAACUGGCAAAGACCAUCGAGUCUUAUCUAUCGCAGCUGCCCUGACGGUUGUCAUCGUAGCUCCCCGAGGAUGUGACCACUACUGCCCGAUCCUGGCUAUGUUUUGAACUGAUAAUGAGGCCAGAGAAAUGGACAACUUCAACGCAACCCUUCACUGGGACAGAACUUGACAGUUGAGACGACUCCCUCAGUUAGAGCGGGAGACUCUUAGGGAGGAGCUGAGCGAGAGCUUUUCCCCACACAAAAAAACCACACUGCAGAUGACUGCUUCACAUUGAAGUGGACCUUGUGAAGGAGCAUAUCUAGAGGACUUCCAUGAGACUCAGUGUAACGUCGCUUUAUGAAGUGCCAAACUCUUUGUCUCUCACUGCGUCACUCUUUGCCAUGGUAUGCAAAUGCACUUGUGGAAGUAAUGAAUGCUUGGCUGUUUUAAUGUGUUUUGCGCCUGGGUUCUCUGGAAUCAUAAACUUGAAUCUGCAACAGUCUUAAGUUAUUAGAACUUGUGUUUUCACUUUGCCCCUUCGUAUGACAUUGAACUGUAUAAUGUAAAAACAAAUGAUUCUUUUAAUCUUCUUUUAAAUAAAUUUGAUAAAAAUCA